AUGGAUCCACAGAUCUCUCAGCGCCAGCCCUUCGGAAGUAGCUUCGCGAGCUCUGCGCCUGCAGAGGAGAGACCAAAACAUGGGGCAAGUGGUUCAACUGGGGCACAGCAGUUUCUUUUAGACGAGGCAAGACAAGAGCCGGCAUGGCCUGAUAUCCUGCCCAUCUAUCUGAAGAAGAAGUUGAAGAAAGAUCUUCACAGUGAUGUGGAUGCAGCCCUCAGGAAGGUGGGAGCCACGCGCGCUGCGGGGCGUGCCAAGGUGGAACAAAACGAGCUGGAAGAGCAGUUGCAACAGGCAAAGGAAGCGGCCAAAGACAUUAGCCGCCAACCUGCCAAUGACAAGGCAGCGGAAAAAAGCAAGAUGGAGCAGUUGCAGGACGCAAUGCAGUCCAAGCAGGAUGUGAUGAAAAAGGAGUUGGGCGCCACCGAGCAGCUUCUGAGCGCGGACGGGCGCCGGGAUUUCGCGCAGGAAGAGCAGUUGGAGGCCGAGAAGAACGAGGCCUUGGUUCUUCAGUCCAUCAAGGACGCCGAGUCGGAGGCGCAGCGCCGCAUCAAGGGUCGCAACACCGUGGUGGGCGCCCCUGCGGAGAACAAAUUCGGCAUGGUCAUCGAGACCAAACAGGUCUGCGACCAGGAGAGGAACACGGAGUGGCACAACGGGCGCUGCAUUGUCAGUGGUGAGAAGCGGAGCCCGGACACGCCUGAGGAGGUUGCAGCCAUGACAGCUGUGAAGAAAGCGCAGGACGCCUAUGAUGAAUCUUUGGAAGUGGUGCAUUCCAAGAACCACAUUUUCAAGGAGGCGGACAAGCGGCUGAAGAGCGCCAAGGCACACUUGGAGUUCUACCAGGCCCAUCACAAGGACGAGACCAAUGAAUCAGCGGCCUUGAGAAGCAAAAUGGACGCGGCCAAGGGCGACUGGGACGUUGCGCACGUGGCGCUGAACGAGGCCAAGGCCGCUUCCAAGACGAAGAGGGCAGGACUUUCGGAGGCCUUAAGGCAAGCCAUCGAUACCGAGCGGAAGGAGGAGGCGCUAGAUGAUGAAGAUCUCCACACCAUCCACGAUGUGCGCGACCGCGCGGAGGACGACAUCGAGAGGUCCGAAGAUGCGAUUGCAAAGUUGGAGGAGGAACAGGCGGAGGUGGUGGGAGGCAUGGCGCAGAAGUUUACCACCGAGGCUCACAAGCAUCCCAUAGACUCGGCGCAACGAGAGGACCUUGAGAAGGAGGCCCUGUGGCUGCAGCAGUGGGAGCGCCAAGCCAAGGCGGAAGCGCAUGACCUUCACGAGCGAAAUCUGAAGGACUUUGUGAAGGACCACGUUAAGGAGCAACAAGCCGCGCAACAUGAGAACGACGUCUCGCAUCAGGCCUUCGCCGACGCAGCGGCCGAGGGUCGCGACCAGGAAGCCUUUGAAAAGAUGAUCCUAAAGCCGCCGGACGACGGAAAGGAUCCCAAGGAGAUCUUGGAGGAGGAGAAUCGGGAAGUCGCUCAGCUGAUGAAGACCGACGCUGGCGCUGGGGACGACGAAUUGAAAGCCACGCGGGACCAGUCGGAGGUUCAGAGCCACAAGAAUGCGAUCGAGUUUCGGGAGUUCAGCAACAUGAAGGCACUGAAACAUGGAGCUUUUUGGGUGGUUCAGGCUCUUGGGCGCCAAGGUUCUCAUCCUUAG